AUGGAAUCAGGAAUCACGGGGCCGGUUACGCCCCCAUCGACUUACUCGACCAAGUUUGAGCUCCCACUCCCUAAACGAGUCGAGCUUGAGUUGUCAACUGAAACACCAGAGAGGGCAAAGAAGACUAUUGCCGAGAAUCUGGAGAAUUUGAAACCCCAGAGUGAACUUCCCUAUGGACCAGUACAAUUCUGGAAGCUGCUCUCGCGUUAUUACACAAUCGCGAGGUCUCGGUUGGAAGAAGUUUGUGGAAUUCUCGCCAGAGAGACCGAAGAGCCAAUCCAACUCAUCCUGGACGCAAAAAGUGACGAAGUCACGAUUCCACUCUUGGUGCAAGAGAUCAAUGAAAAUUUGGAUCUGGUGUUACAAAUUGUUGUGGAAAUUGAAAAGGAAGUCCUGCCCUCCCUUGGAGUGGACGUCACUCUCGAUCUCUCAUCGCUGGCCCCAACCCUGCCCUCCCCUGGAGUAGACGUCUCUCCUGAUCUUUCCUCAGUCGUCACAAACAUAUCCCUCCACGAGUGCCGUUUGUGGCCAUUUCUGAACACCAAGGAGUUCCACCAGAAGCUCCAGGAGGCAAAAGGCGAGAAGGCGAAACUUUCUCCUACUAGGGAGGAUGUGGCUGCUGUGAUUUCCGCCCGCCAUAUCAUGGGAAACCCACCCCUGGUUGUGAAGCUUAAACGCUCCUAG